AUGCAACCUUUCCUUUUCAGAGCCUCUUCUUCUCUCACUCGACCAUCCUGCGGCGGUUUCACAUCAACAAUUGCGGUCUCUUAUUCUUAUAGGGCAUUGUCUGAUAGGGCGGACGAAUGCUUGCUGAAGAAUAAGUUUGGAGAGUUCUAUAAACGAUUUUACUCGGCUGUCUCUGGGGAUGCGGGGCCGAUGAAGAAGGGCGCUGGCGGUGGCGAGGGAAAUAGGGCAAUAGGGUCUGGUGAAGCAAGAGAGACACGUUCGAAGGCUCGGAGAAGGAGAAGGCAGAAAUUGGCUUUUAUUUAUGAAAGUGGGCUUCUGGACGCGGGGACGAAAGGGCAAUCUUCACUGCUACAACCUUCACAGUUACAGCCUUCACCGCUACAACCUCCACCAAUACAACCUCCACCAAUACAAUCCCCGCCAAUACAAUCCCCGCCAAUAAAACCUCCGCCGAUACGACCUCCACCGAUACAACUACCACCGCCUCCCCAAAAUAGAAACAAAUCUAGAGAAUCUGAACACCAGGUAACACCUACACGUCUCCCACCGGAUAAGCUAAGGUCAGUUCGCAAGCCGAGUUUUAUUUCCAAGGAGGCCAUUCUUAAGAUUGAAAAAUCUACUACGCAAUUGACAUCUCGAUUUCUCGAGCAUGAUCGUCUGAGUCGAGAACUACGGGCGAAAAUAAAGCAAUUAUCCACCCAACGGCGUCAGAUCCACAAAAACGAGGAUGAGGUGGUCAGAAGAAACCCUGAAUCGGAGCAAGAAAUUGAGGAUAUCAAAAAAUCUUUAGAAGACGAAAUGGCCUUACUGGACAAGACCCUCGUGUACAUCUCUACUCACUAUUAUGAUUUACCACCCGAAUCAGAGCCCGAACCUGUUUCUGCCGCAGAUAUCAGUUUAGAUCCUUCAAAGAGAAGCCAGAACCCAAUUUUUACGCCCUACAUGUCCCCCUUCCCAAAUUAUUCCUCAAGUCCUUAUAAUAGUACUCUCAAUCAAUCCCUUUUGCGCUUACUAGGCACCCGCCCUCCUCCCCCGGCGCUCAUCGCGAGAAUCUGCUAUAACCUGCUUAAUUCUCCACAUCCCCCAAACGUACAGACUUACAACAUUCUCAUUGAACGACUCACACGUGUCCGCAAUGGCUCUCUCGCUCACAUCGUGUUUCGAAAUAUGCUUGAAGGAGGCCUCGGCCCUGGAGGAAAACCCAACGAAGACACAGUGGUUCGCAUGAUCAAUCUCUGCGUCAAAACCGCCGAUCGGGAAGGGUUCGAGCGUAUCGCCAAAAUCACGAGUGAGAGAAAUAUGGCUCGGUGGUGGGGCUUUGGGAAAAACAGAACCGCGAAAACUAGAGAGCAGAAGAGACGGGGAAAGUUGACUCUGGAGGCGUUGAUUCAUGGCGCUGCCCGUUUCGGAAAGGCGCAACAGGUAAGGGUUUAUACACGUGCAAUGUCGAGGGAAUGCCCGGAUGAUCCGAAACCAAGUAUCCCGUUGUAUACAUCUAUUAUGCGAAUGUGGAGGGAAAUGAAAGAGUGGGACCGAGGACUGCGUUGUUGGAGGGAUAUCAUGAGGCGGGAUAGAGAGUGGAACCGCCACGGACUAGGCAUGCCUGCGGAUAUCAGGGCUUUUCGCGAAAUGUUGAGAUUGUGUCGGGUUUGCAAUAAGGAGGAAAUUCGCAAUGGGAUAAUCCGGUUGGCCCUCGACAGGGGAUUUGAAGAGUCAGAGUUACUGGGCCGCCUCGAUAAGACUAAGGGACUGUGGGUUAGGAACACCAACAAAACACCACAUAUUAGGGGUAUGAGGAGGGAAACGAAGAGGGAUGAUGUCGAAAUUCUCGGUUCAUUAGAGGAAGGGUGGGAGGAUUUGGAACCGGUGAAAAAACUCGAUGCCCAUAGUGCCAGUUCGCGCUCGUCGGAUCGUGUGAAUUCUCGGGUUUGGCACGACAUUCUAUCUCGGCGUAUGCGCGAGGUUCGAGAUGAUCGCUUUGUUGGUAGAAACCUGAAAGACCAACUUAAGGAACACCACCGAAAACGAGAAGAAAGGCGGGAGGCUUUGAAGGGGAGGUCCUUUCAGGAUCAACACGACAGUUCAAGCAAAGCGGGACUGGAGGGAUAG